AUGAAAACAACGUAUAGCACCUCCAAAAGCCGUGAAAAGAACAGGAGAACAACAAAUAUACUGCCUGAAAUUACUCGCCCCGCCCAGGCAGACCCGAUGCUUGUUCGAUAUGUAACUCUCGACAAAGGACACUGGCAGAUGCAACAACAUAAAUCCUAUGUUUUAUGUGGCGGACUUACUAGGAGUCAUCGAUCCUCAGUCAUCGAUCCUCAGUCAUCGGCCAUCAGUCAUCAGUCGAUCAGUAAUAGCGAGAAAGACAGACAGACGCCGGACAAAAUCGAAUUGCCCCUUCAGGCGAUUCGCUCGAGGUAUGGUCCCAAGCCGCCUAAGCCGCCCAGCCGCCCCGAUGGAGUUGGGAUGGGAAAUCCGCGGGGGAGAGUUACCGAGGUGGCAACCGCCGACCGCUCCUUUUGA